AUGCCCGUCCUCAAGCUUGCGCCUCAGAGACAGUCACGGAUGACAGCACAGCCAUCGGUUCGCUCAAGUCAACUAUCAGCGCGCUUCUAUCGGGUACUCGAAGGGUCCACAACUGUUGUCCGCCGCUGGACCCCCACCGCAGCGGCAGUCGAAGAGACUGGUCCUGUUAGCCCAACUCUCCAGCGACCAUCUAACGAAGUCAUCGGAGGAGCAUUUGUAGGCGCGUUUCUUGGUCUACUGAUACUGCUACUCCUAAUAUGGUGCUGUUGCUGCCGCAGCGGCCGCAGCCGCAGUAGUCGCAGUGGUAGUGAUAAAAGCUCCUCCACACAGAGCCCACCGUCGUCACCAAGAGCCCCGUUCCCGAUUCCACAACAACCUCUUGUUGAGACCAGACCACCACCUGAUACCCGUGGCCCAGGUCCAGUAGCGCCUCUGCCCAUUCGCCCAGCACCUCGUCCAGCAUCUACUCAGGCACCUUCUGCCAUCCAGCCAGCAGUUCCGCAAGUGGGUCGUCAAGCAGCUCCUGCACAACAUAAUCAGACAAAUUAUCCUGGUCCUCAAGCUCCUCAACCAACCUAUCAGUUUGUAGAACCUCAAGCAGCUCCCCAGGGACAUUCUCAGACUCCUCACGAAACAUCCCGGCAUUCUAAGCCGACACGCAAACCAACAGCGUUUGCUACAGUGCACGAUGGGAAACAUGCGUUGGGACUCCGGAGGAGUCGAGGACCAGAGCGCCCUGGGAGGCAUGAUAGAGUAGAGCUUGAUUCAGAGUCUAGUUCCAGCGGCGGUCAUAGGGAGAGACAUUCCCACCGUACACAAGGUAUACCGGCCUUCUUGUACAUGAAAGUAUGA